UUAAUAUGGCACAUUUUCCGUUUAUUAAAAGCAAAAGUGGACAAAGUCAGUUAGCUGCAAUUUCAAUUGAAUUAAAUCGCUUUUUGCUAAGCAACUUUAAUUAUGCUUGAUAGCAAAACAAACCAGAGGCAAAUUUGCUUUACACUUCGGAUUCGGUUAGCAGGAAAUAGGAGCCCAAAAAUGUCUGUCAUUUUCUAGGGUCUCCGAAGGGUGAUAAAAAUUUAAAGUCAAUUUGAGAAGUUGUUUUCCUGCCUUCAAAGCCCUGAUGGAAAGCGGCGAGGAGCAGCUGCAGCUCGAGCUGGACAGGAUCUCGGAGGCGAGUCGCCGGGUCAGCAACUUCGAUGACCUCAUGGAGAUGACCAAUAACUCGGAGCGUCUGAUUGCGAGUGUCAACUCCAGCCUGGACGCCCUGAACUCCGCCCUGGAUCACCUGGAGGAGCGGACGGAGAACGUUCUCGUGGAGAUUCGACGGCUAAUCAGCUCGGAACUGCAGCCGCAGAGUCCACACGACGGUUGCGGAGAUCCGGAUGCCGGGGUAUAGGCGGGAAAUACACUGUAAAUUACAUUAUGUGGAAUAAAAACA